AUGGAGGCUCUAAGCAUCGAAGUAAGCGGCUUGUUCGGUCAGCCGUGGAUGAUGUUGGGUCUUUGGCUCUUGUUCCUUUCCGAGUUUCCGUAUGUGGAUAUGAUCUCCAGCUCUGUGGAGACAGCCUCGGCAUUGCUGGGUCGGCUUCUAUUCCCAAUACCUCUUUCAGCUUCACCACAACUUGUCUCGUUGUUCGCCGCUGAGUAUGGAUUCAUACACUGCCUAACCACUUCCAACAGUCUCUCAAAAACAUCCUCCUGA